CUCGCCCUUCAGCGGGGCGCCGGCCGCAGCCCCGUUCCCUCGGGGGUCCCCGGGGACCGCCCCGGAGCCGUGUGGAGGCGGCGGGACAUGGCGGCGGGAGGGGCGCUGCUCCUCAACCUGUGCUCCGGCGGGCAACUGAGAAUCACAUCUGAGAAGUUCCUGAAUGCCGAAAAUGUGAAGAAGCAGCAGUCUAAUGGUCUGAAAAGAAAGCUCCAGUCACCGCAGGGAAACCCACCUUUGAAACGUAAGCCACCGAUAAAUGCCUUCAAGAAAUGUGCUACAGAAACCAACAUCAGGGAAAAGGGAAGCUUGUCACAAAAAUCUCUUCCUAAGAAGCAGUUGACUGACAACCAAAAUGAAAGCUGGAAAAGCAAACCUUUCAUUAAGACAUCAAGCCUGUUUAGAAACAACCCUGAUAUCCCAAAAAUUCACAGAAAAGCAGUGCAGCAGGUACAAGAAAGUAUUUUCACUACAGAUUCUUUCAGCCAGUUGGACCUCCAUCCACAUCUGAUAUCCACAAUAACCACUGUCCUGAAGAUAUGUAGUAUGACCAAUGUUCAGAAGGAAACAAUCCCUGUGCUCCUGCAAGGCAAAGAUGCUCUAGUGAGAUCUCAGACUGGUUCAGGUAAAACUCUUGCCUAUGGGAUUCCACUUGUGCAGUCUUUACAGGGAAUGAAGACCAAAAUAAAGCGGAGUGAUGGGCCUUAUGCACUUAUAUUAGUCCCAACAAGAGAGCUUGCAAUCCAGAGUUUUGAUACAAUUCAGAAACUACUCAAGCCGUUUACCUGGAUUGUGCCUGGAGUGCUAAUGGGGGGAGAAAAGAGAAAAUCAGAAAAAGCCAGAUUACGUAAGGGGAUAAAUAUCCUUAUUUCAACUCCUGGUCGACUGGUUGACCACAUCAAGUCCACUGAAUGUAUUCAUUUCCGUCGCACUCAGUGGCUGAUCAUCGAUGAAGCAGACAGGAUCCUGGACCUGGGCUUUGAAAAAGAUGUGACUGUGAUACUUAAUGCUUUAAAUGCUGAGAAAGAGACACGUCAGAAUGUCCUGCUCUCAGCCACGCUCACAGAAGGUGUGACACGGCUGGCUGAUAUCAGUUUGAAUGAUCCCAUCAGAAUUUCCAUAGCAGAUGAAAACCAGAAGAGUCUCAAACUAGCGUUACAAGCAGAUAAAGAAGCCAGUAGUCUGUCAAGCUGUAUGGACCAGGAAAACUUUGCUGUUCCAGAGAAGCUCAAGCAGUAUGUCAUGAUGGUCCCCGGCAAAUUGAGGCUUGUCACGUUAGCAGCUUUUAUCCUUGAGAAAUGCAAGUUUGAAAAGCGACAUAAGAUGAUCAUCUUUUUCUCCAGCUGUGAACAAGUGGAAUUCCACUACGAUCUCCUUCUAAAUGUCCUUUCAGGAGGGCUAGAGUCUGAACAACCUAAACAUUCAUCUGUCUCCUCUGUGCACUUAGAGUUUCUGCGACUGCACGGCAACAUGGAACAGGAAGAAAGAACAGAGGUCUUCCAGGAGUUCCUAAAAUCCAAGACCGGCAUCUUGCUUUGCACUGAUGUCGCGGCACGUGGGCUGGACCUGCCUCAAGUUACAUGGAUCGUGCAGUAUAACGCUCCGGCUUCACCUGCGGAAUACAUCCACCGGAUCGGGAGGACGGCUCGGAUUGGCUGUCACGGGAACAGCCUGCUUGUCCUGGCGCCUUCGGAGGCAGAAUAUGUCAGCUUGCUGGCUUCUCACAAGAUUAAUGUCUCAGAGAUAAAGAUGGAGAAGGUAUUAUCCAGCCUGAUGAAAGACGAUCGCUUCAAGUUGCCCAGACCAAGAAGCAAGAAAUCCUGUGGUACGGACCCUCAGGAAGUCCGGGAGCGGGCCACGGUCUUGCAGACAAAAUUUGAAAAUUAUGUUCACUCCAGUGAGGUGACCGUCCGGUGGGCAAAAAAAGCACUGCAGUCUUUCCUUUGUGCCUAUGCUGCCUAUCCCAGAAACCUCAAGCAUAUCUUCCACAUCAAAUCUGUCCACCUGGGUCAUAUGGCCAAGAGCUUUGGCCUGAGAGACGCCCCCCAGAACCUGACUGCUCUUCCAACCACUGGCUCAAAGAAGAAAACCAAACCGAGACCGAAAAGGUCUGACCUUCUCAAGAAGACCCACGGCAAACAUCGCCUUGCUGAGAUCUUGCGAUCUGAAUAUUCCAGUGGGAUGGACACUGGUGUAUCCAAGGUCAAGAAGAGGAAGAAAAAACAGAGGAAACCUGGCAACCAGCAGAUUCCAACAUAAGCCGGGACCUUCCACUCAUUUGCUGCAAAACCUGCUUGAGUGCCUCAGCUGGGGGUCAGGGUGACCUGCCAAAUCGACUGACGAGUGUUUCAAUUUAUCAGGCAAAUAUGGGAGGGAUCUUGGGGAUCCUGGCCUCCUCCCUCUCACUCCAUUCGCCCAAAUGGAAUGGAAUCCAGGCGUGUCCUGUUGCACUGCUGCAAUUAAAUGUAGCUUCCCGACGAUGCGUUGCGUUUCUAAGGUGUUUUUUUGCAAGAAAAAUAAAAGAGGUUAAAUAUGGUUUUCA